CGCCCAGGGCGCGCGGGCUCCUGGGCGCCUGGACCUCCGCCCCCUGACUUCGGGUCGCCGCUGUUUCUUGGGCUCCGUGCAGGUUGCUACUCAGCCAGGUCUUGUGCCUGUCGCUGCCUUCGCCAUCUGCUCCAUGGCUUUCGUAACCAGGCAGUUCGUGCGCUCCAUGUCCUCCUCCUCCAGCGCCGCGGCCUCGGCGAAAAAAAUCCUCGUCAAGCACGUGACAGUCAUCGGCGGUGGGCUGAUGGGCGCCGGCAUUGCCCAGGUUGCUGCAGCAACUGGCCACACAGUAGUGUUGGUGGACCAAACAGAGGACAUCCUGGAAAAAUCUAGAAAGGGAAUUGAGGAAAGUCUUCGGAAAGUGGCCAAGAAGAAGUUUGCAGAAAACCCCAAGGGUGCUGAUGAGUUUGUGGCGAAGACCCUGAGCAGCAUAUCGACCAGCACGGAUGCAGCAUCCGUGGUCCACAGCACAGACUUGGUGGUGGAGGCCAUCGUAGAGAAUCUGCAGGUGAAGAACGAGCUGUUCAAGAGGCUGGACAAGUUUGCCGCCGAACACACAAUCUUUGCCAGCAACACUUCCUCUUUGCAGAUCACAAGCCUAGCCAAUUCCACCACCAGACAGGACCGGUUCGCCGGGCUCCAUUUCUUCAACCCGGUGCCUUUGAUGAGGCUUGUGGAGGUCAUUAAAACACCAAUGACCAGCCAGAAGACGUUUGAAUCUCUGCUAGACUUCAGCAGAGCCCUGGGAAAGCAUCCUGUUGCUUGCAAGGACACGCCUGGGUUUAUCGUGAACCGUCUUCUGGUGCCGUACCUCAUGGAAGCAGUCAGGCUGUGUGAGCGAGGUGAAGCAUCCAAGGAGGACAUCGACACGGCGAUGAAGCUGGGCGCCGGCUACCCCAUGGGUCCGUUUGAGCUUCUUGAUUAUGUUGGGCUGGAUACUAUGAAGUUCAUCCUAGAUGAUAAGGAGCCUUAGUAGACCUUCCAAAGUCCUGUCCCACCAGCUGAAAGAUUCAAGUAACAUGACUGAAGGAAAAAUAUGACUGCCUAGUCUCAUAAGGUAACUUUUAAAAAAUCUUUCUGUUUUGAAAGAAUUGUGAACUCAUAGGAAGUCCCACAUUCAGUGAAAUACAGCACAGACAGGGCCUGGGUACUAGUUUCCCCUUAGGGCUGUAUCUCCUAGCAGCCACAGUGGUAGCAGAGCCAGGAAACUGGCAUUGGUACACAGUCAUUCUGUCAGGCAUGCUGAUCUGUGUAGCCACUGCAUUCAAGAUGCAGAACCAUUUAAAACUGUGUAUUCAUUUUACUGUAGUGGCUACUGAAGUUGAAUGUAGCUCAUAGUACCAAGUUGUACGAAGAAUACCUAUGGGAAGGAGCAAGGGGAGGUUCUAGUGGAAGCAAGAACUUUAUGAAGAUAUAAAAUACCAGUAGCAGCAAAUUCAGAUUUUUAACAUGCCUGAAAGUCAUUUCACUGUGUCACUGAGGGGUCCAGCCACCAGAUUAAUGGACACCUUUGGCAUCAGCUAUUUCCAGGAAGGGGUUGGAUGAACAGAAGGGCCAUGGGAGAGCUGGGCCUCAAGCGAGACACAGCCCAGUGGUGCAACCCUGCUUUGAGGCUCAUGUUCAGCCUUCCCUCUGCCUCUGCGAGUCUGGAGGCAGAGCGUGGGGAGAAGGGUUCCUACUCUGACGUGGGAGAGGCCCACGGGCCUCACUCAUGCGAUUCAGGCCAACAGACUCACCCUGGGAAUGCUGAGAUGUAAAAUAAACCCAGCACUUCAUCCUAAGCUCUUUUUCCCUCUCUCAAUAGGUUGGCAUGAAAUGGACUCAAAGAACCCCCUGUUUCAGCCCUGCCCAUUCCUGAAUAAGCUGGUGGCAGAGAAAAAGUUUGGCAAGAAA